AUGAAUUUAAAAUUUUUAUAUUUAAUUUGCCGCAAUUUUUUAGUUCUUACUUACCUCUUCACUUGGUUUCUAUCAUUUUUAUCUGUUGGCUUUGAAUUUUUCAGCCUUAUCUGUAACUUAGCAGCCAGCACAAGUCGCCAUUUGGCUCCUGCCAGCCUUGUACCUGAAGAGAUAUAUUCGGACGCCUCGGUUUCUGAGACCAGUCCGUCUAUUUCAGGAGUCGGAGCUCAGAAUUGCGCAUUGCCAUCUGGUCACCCAAUAGUCCCAUCCUCAUGUUCUGUCGCUGUUUCCUCCUCCACUUUUCCUGCUACUUUAGGCUCUCAUCAGCCCAUAGCAGAGCACAGGGAUCCACAGAGCUGUUUGCCUGCACUACCAAAUAGCAGGCUCAUAACAUCCGAUGCUACUUCUGGGCCUACCUUGUCCAGUCGAAUUUCUAUGCCGGAACCAAAUCAACUGUCGCCAUCAGAUGAAGAUUCAGAAUAUCCCAAAAAUGGGCAGCCAGAAGCCGGUUUUGGGGCCCAAGCUGGCGUAAGUCUGCGACGAUUUCCUGCUCCGAUGGAGCGCCGCAGGGCUGCUGCUAAAGCAAGGGGCGGCACUAUACCAAAGACGGUCACUUCUGCCCGACCAUCUGUGGCGCCGCGGCGCAGGUUGGUUAUUUUCUAA